AGUCAAUUGACUCAAUUCCAUCGACAAUAGUACAAAUAGUACAAUACUGAAUACUUUUGAAUACGUUUUGACUCGAUAAUAAUUGAAAACAUUUUCUGGUUGGAUUUCUGUCAAAAUGAACAAAAUUUUUCCUUUUAAUAAAUUUGUUACGGGCUUUAACAUCAUCAAAGCCAAUGGAGGACCUUUAAACGCCUUAAAAAAAUUAUUCAGGCAAGAUGAAUUGAAAAUUGGUACCUUAGUUGGUACCGAUGAAAUGGGCAAUCGUUAUUAUGAAAACAAUAUGUAUUUUUAUGGACGUAAUCGUUGGGUAGAAUACAAUGACCAAGUUUAUUUGGAUUAUGAUGCAAGUCAAAUUCCUGCUGAAUGGUAUGGUUGGAUCCAUUACAAAACGGACCUUCUUCCAUAUAAUGAUCCAAGCAGGCCGAAGUACAAGUGGAUGGCCAAACAUACAGAAAACGAAACUGGUACCAAUCGCCAAUAUGUACCAUACAGUACAAUGCCACCAAAAAUCCAAGCUUGGGUACCACCAAAUAAAAAUUAAAUUAUGUGGCGCUAUUUAGUGUAAAUACUUAUUAAAAACAAAUUUUUAUGAAU